AUGGCCGACAUGAGCGCAAAGCCCGACGAGACUUUGCCGUUACAGCGCUUCCCGCCACCUCCGCGACCUCCAUCAUUCCGCUCAUCACCCAAUGCACCCUUCAACGGCCAACAUCGCGAUCAGAAACCACCCAGUAUAAGUAAAGGGGCUCCGCCGCCGCCUCCGCCUCCUCCGACGCUCAUCCCUCGAAGCCACUUCGCCCGAUCCCCUUCAAACGCCCUCCCCCGCGAGCAACUCGCCCGUCCAUCCUUCGAAACACCGACUCUCCCCCUUGGGCCUUCACCAAUUCCUCGUACAGCCUCGAACAUAGAAGAGCAAGAUGGCUCGCCGACUAAAAGCCUCUGCCCCCCAACUCCUCGAGGACGUACGGCCUCAAUCCAAUGGUCAUCGCCUUCGUCGUCUCCGCGACAUGGCGGUUCCGAUACAGAGGACGAUUCGUCAGACGAGGAGGAGGACUACUACGACCACUGGAACCGCAAUUUCCCGCCGCUUAUGCCGACCGUCGGGCCCCGGGUCUCGAUCGCGAGGAAAAGGAGACUUGUCACGAAAAAUAUUUCGAAUAGGGUAUCCCGCUACGAACGACGUAGUCCGGCGCAGAGCGAGCCGACGUCUGACACGUCGUCCGAUAUCGCAUCCGAGAACUCCGAAGACGAGGCCCAACUGCUCUGGGUGCAGUUAAAGGAGAAGCGCCAGCGUCUGGACGAGACGAAACAAGCCAUGGCCGCGCGACGGAAACAGCUGCGGGAGCUUCGCCGAAGGAAGGACGAAGCGGACAACGCCUUCAUGGGCCUACUCCGCCCGCUCUUUCAAAAGAGUCGGCGGGGAGGCGUGCACAGCACGUCGGAUGAGCUUCUCGACAGACGAUUCAAUGAAAUGCAAAGACUACGCACGGAGUACCACUACCUGGAGUCUGCUUACGAGGGGUUGGAGGUGGCGCUGGACGAGCAGGAGGAGGACCUGAACAAGCUGGAAGUCAGGUUCUUCAGCCUCCUGGCCACGGGGCGUAGCCGAAGCGCCAGAGCGCAGACGCGCAAGUCCGAUACCGACCCAAGGGCUUCAGGGGCACCGUACAACGUGCCGCACCUUCUCCUGGGCAUAUCACCCGAGGGACCUCCCCUGGACGACGUGCACCCGCUAUGGCGCGAUCUCGUCUCCGCCAUCGGCGACUUCAACCUCGCGCAGGAGGAACUGGACGACCUUCUGUUCCGCCGGGAGCAGAUUGCGUACGAGCUGGAACUGAAGAAGGGCACCGGCAAGACGCCCACGGAGGAAGAAGAGGAGUUCAUGGCCGAAUUCCCCGGCGAGGAGAGGGAGAGGCGCCGAAAGGCCGACGAAAUGGCCGAAGAAAUGCGGCGCCUCCGCCGGCUUUGCAGGGAUCACGGCGUGGAGGUGAAGCACCCGUCCUUCGAAGUCGCCUACGCGCUGGACCGCAACAUCGGCGAAGACAUGACGUUGUCCAACGACGACGCCCGGGCCGAAUCCAAGUCCCUCGCCCACCACCGUUUCCCCGAGCUGCUCUCCCAGCCCGACCACGUGCUCCGUAGACCCGAGCCCCUGACGGUCUUCGACGACCUGAAGCAAGCCGCCAAGCUGCCGGCCGGCGACGCGGGCAAGAACGCGAGGAUGCAUGUUGCCGUCAAGGAGUACGGCAUCCACGACCUCGUCCACGGGUUCAAGGGGGGGGACAGGCUCGAGUUGGUCGCGCGGUGGCUGCUUUACCAGCUUCGGACCAACCCGCUCGAGGCUUACUUACUGUCCAACACUUUCCUGCGCCAGACGGGCCUGAAAGUUCUGGACCGUCAUCGUUGGACGCGGGACGUCCUUUACCAUUGGUGGAGAGACGGCACUAGGCCCGCCUCGAAUAGGGCAAAUGAUGGAGGCGAGGCGGCAGCCGACUCCUCCAUGUACGGGCAUAAGAGAUCACCUUCGGCUUCGAGGGCUGCUAGCGAGUAUCGUCAUGGUGGUCGGGUCAGGCUGGGCUCCGAUGAGGACGACUCGAAAACUGUCUCUUGA